AUGGGUCAUGGGUCAACCAAAUGGUUCAUUUGGGUUAAUGGGUCAACUUGGGUUGUGUCAACUUGGGUUGGGUCAAUCAUAACCCAUUUUGACACCCCUAAGCCCGCCCUGCCUAUCUUCCCCGAUUCUUCACACAACCGAUUCCAAUCAAUCUUUGAUCGCUGGACAUCUAUCUUGCUCGAUUUCUCCGGCGACCAGAUUGUAGCGUAUCUUCUCAUAUCAGCCGCGUCCUCUGCGAUUCCGUUGACUAAUAGAUUCAGAGAAGGUCAAGAUAACAUUUUCACUGACUCUGCUGCUUCGGCUAUCACCAUGGCUGUCUUGGCUUUCCUCUCUUUAGCUCUCUCUGCUCUCUUCUCUGGUUACAAACUCUCUACUACUCAUUCUUUUGUCUGAAUCUGCUGCUUAAGCCUCACCAUCUGCUUCAAUCCUUUGUUUAUAUGGUGUUGGUCUCUGUGAUACGUGUAAAUGUCAUUCUUUUUUGGCCCUGUUCGUUUGCUCAUCCAAAUGAUCCAUCUGGGUGAAGAUGCAAAUCGAUGUUCAUUUUGUG